GGGAAACAGGGCUUGACGUCUCAGGAUUAGCUAUGGAGGUUCGCCGGAAGGCUCUUCAGGCGUUGCUCGAGAAAAAUCCCAGGGUCGUUCACCCAAUUCCCGAUGAUUCCACUUCGCGGAUGUUAGUUAGUUGCACUUUUAGGUAGAAAAGAUUUCUCGUCGGCCAUUCGUGCCGCCGAUACAAUCAUCGCCUGUCUGUAUUACACCGUCUGGGGUAACGAAAUCAGUAUAAUAUGACUUGAGUUCAUUACUACGAGUAUUAUAUUCAUGUUGUGCCUUCUUCCUCAAACUGCCAACCAAUCGAAGGCUCUCAAGGCUGAAGGAAGAAAUCUGAUCACCGUGAUGCGGAGGAGGAUGCCAUCCCCUCUCUUAUAUUGGCUAUCAGUUGAUGACUUGUCCAGAAGUAACUCGACUCUGGGGCUGACUGAAACCAAGGAUCGCCAAUUGCAAUUGCCAUGUGCUUUACACAGGCGAGCAGACAAUGACCUGCAUGGACUGCUUCCAGCCGAUGAUCGUCCUCCAAAUGUGCCAAACUCCAUCGAUCGAUCGUUUUGCGAGACUUGCGUGACAGACCACCAAAGGGAAGUACAGUAUCGACCAAAGCUCACAACAUCGUCACGGCGCCGAUGUGGACCUCAAGUUGUAAUGUCAUGGGAGUGCAACGGAAGGUCCAGAUUGACAUUGACGUCGUAAGGGUUCGUUGUGAUGUUCGUUCCAGAUUAACAAACCAAUCACAGGGCGAAGAGGCCAUACAUGCAGUUGAGCGACUACAGUCCAUUAAAUCUAUUCUUCGUAUUGUAAUUAAGGUUUGCGGCUUCAACACUGAGCACUUGCAAGUCAGAAAUACCACAAUCCUAUUCCACAUUUCUUGAAAUGUAAACUCAUGUAAUCCUUGAAAUUUCGAGCAUGUAGCCUAAUUGUUUCCUUUGAAUCUCAAAUCAACGCCUCGUACAAUUGCAUUUUCCAUUCCUUGGUUCCCUAAGAUUUCCCGUUGUGUAACCCCUUUGGAAACUAGUCACAUCUUUUUGUGGCCAAAGUUUACAUCCUCGCUGGCACCUCCACAUCCAUAUCAAACUGAGCUUCAGAUCUACCAAUGUAAUCGGAUAUUGCUUCUCUUGUAAUGAUUGGGAGCGAUACGAUUAUUUGU